AUGUUGUCGGCUGAUUCAAAAGCUUCGAAUAUUGAAGUUAAAUAUACUCAAAUCUUUAUCAACAAUGAAUGGCAUAAAGCAACAAAUGGAAAAACAUUUUCUGUCAUCAAUCCAAGUACAGGAGAAGAAAUCUGUCAAGUAGAAGAAGGCACUAGAGCUGAUGUUAAUAAAGCAGUUGAAGCUGCUCGAAAAGCUUUCGAUAUUGAAUCACCAUGGCGUAAAUUAGAUCCUGUUGCACGUGCUAAUUUGAUGAGAAAAUUCGCUUCUUUACUUCGAAGAGAUAUUGAUUAUUUAUCAAAAUUGGAAACACUUAACAAUGGUAAACUAGUAGAACAGACUAAAGGCGAAAUAUUUUUCUCAGCUAAUUGUAUUGAUUAUUAUGCUGGAUGGGUUGAUAAAAUUGUUGGUGAAACUAUUCCUGGACCGAAUGAUCAGUUUAUAUAUACUCGACAUGAACCAAUUGGUGUUUGUGGACAAAUUAUUCCAUGGUGA